AUGGUAUUAAACAGAUUGAAGAACAAAAUUAGCUUGAGUGGGCCAAAGAACGAAAGUUCUGAAGCUUUGGCAGCUGCCGAUGAUGUUGACGAAAUUGACACGGAGAACCAAUCCAUCCUAAUGGGAAUUAUAUCACAGUUGCGGCCCGGAUGUGAUUUGACAAGGAUAACGUUGCCGACCUUCAUCUUGGAAAAGAAGUCCAUGCUAGAGAGAAUUACGAACGCAUUUUUCACUCCACAGAUUCUAUUUGAAGCUAAUGCAACAGAGGAUGAGGUUCAGCGUUUUUUGUUGGUGGUUAAAUGGUACUUGUCUUGUUGGCACAUUGCGCCUAAAGCUGUUAAAAAGCCAUUGAACCCUGUCCUUGGAGAAAUUUUCGGUUGCUAUUGGAAUGAUUUACCAGAUGAUUCCACCGCAUAUUACUUCUCCGAGCAAACGUCUCACCAUCCUCCAGAGUCAUCAUAUUUCUAUUUAGUUCCAGAAAAAAGGAUAAGAGCGGAUGGAGCAAUUAUCCCUAAAUCAAAGUUUUUGGGAAAUUCAUCGGCUGCAAUGAUGGAGGGUGUCGCUCAUCUCACUUUUGGCGAACAUGCUAAUGAAGUCUAUUCAGUAACUCAACCUAAUGUGUACUGUCGUGGAAUCUUGUUUGGUAAGCUCAGAUAUGAGCUUGGUGACCAUAUGUUGAUCAAAUGUGAAGCAAAUUCGUUGCUGGCUGACAUUGAGUUUAAGACUAAAGGCUUCAUCAGUGGCUCUUAUGAUGCAAUUGAAGGUGUAGUUAGAGACACGAAAACUUCAAGAAUAUUGUACACAAUAACGGGGAAGUGGAACGGUAUCAUAGAAAUUCAGCAGGGACUGGAUGGAAAAAAGGAAAUGUUCCUCGACACUACGAAUUUAGAGGUGUUCAAACCGAAGGUGAAAGAUUUUGAUGCUCAACUUCCAAACGAGUCUAGAAAGUUAUGGCACAAGACACUUAUGGCAUUGGACAAAAGGGACCACGUUGCUGCAACAGAUGAGAAGUUCAAAGUCGAAGAAGAUCAGAGACUUAAAGCGAAGGAAAGAAGCGAGAAGGGCCACCACUAUGAACCUGAUUAUUUUGUGCGGAACAAUUCGAAUGAGAUUCCAUUCUUGAUAAAAACUGAUAUCAACAUAGCAGAAGACUCACCAGAGGAUAUGGUUUCCAAAUUAUUGACACUUCAUGAUAUUGUUGCCGAAGAAAGCGCCUGA